UCGAGCUAUCGAUGUCAACCGAACCAUCGAUCUCAACCGAACUAUCGAUUUUUACCGAUCCGAACGUGUGGCUCCAAAUACUCAGCAAUUCCAAAACAUCUUUAAAGUUGAGGCUUUAAAAUGGAAUUCAAACAGCAUGUGGACUCAGCACUAACCACUUUUGUGGACAACACAAGGUUCUUCAGGGAAAUUGCAGAGUUCGUGUCCGAUUUCAGUGAUGGGCAAAUCCAGCAGCUGCUGGAGGAAAGCGCUCGUCUGCGCGUUGAGCACGCCGAGAAUCUCAUCCGUGUGAAGAGCAAGCACCAGUCACUCAGCCAGGUGAUGCAGCAGGUCCAGAACUCGAGCUCCACCAUCGAGGAGCUUGAGGAAAACUGGAAGAAGCGCUCCAAAGCGGAGGAACAGAAGCGCAUCAAUGUCAAGAACAUAGCCGAGUUUAAGAACUUCAAGAAAACUGUGGAAUCUGCAGCUGGCCAUGUAGGUGCGGAGGUCAAUAGUCAAGCGAAUGGCGCCGCCCAGGAUGAGGACCUUAUUAUCGAAGGAAUCGAAGAGACCGGCGGCGGGAUCUUCUCGCUCUACGAUCCCUGGUCCAAGGCCCUAAUGAAGAACCCCGUGCGCAACGAGAAGUGCGGUCACAUCUACGACCGCGAUUCGGUGAUGCUGAUUAUAAAGGACAACAUUGGCAUCCGAUGUCCCGUGCUCGGCUGUGGCAACACGACCUACAUCCAGCCUGCGCACCUGGUCGAGGAUGCCAAAGUCCGGCAAAUGGUAAUACAGCGAAUGGCCGAGGAGAUUGAGGAUAGCACUGCCUCGGAGGACGACGAGGAACAGGCAGAUGAGGAUUGAGCCGGAUUCCGUUGUUGUCGAUCCUCAGCUAAACAUCCAUAGAAUGAUAGAAUAUCCAUAGAAUGAAAUAUCUAAUCAUGAUUAAGUAUGCUCCCACAUUUUCAUCUGCAUUUGUAAUAAAUAUUCAUUGUUGUCGACUAAUAAGA